UGAGACCGUAUCCAACCAAAAACUCCAACCAACCACCUCAACAGGAACUGACGUCCCCUCCGUGCAAGUGGAUGGAAAAAUGCAGCUGCAGGAUAAAUGGCUCCAAACACCGCACUGCUGAAAGGUGUUUAAAGCCUUGUGUCACAACUCUUUGGGCCACACUGACUUAAAAACCGUUGUACUUAUGGCACCUUCCACUUGACAAAAUGGCCCAGAUAUCAAGUGGUAAUGGGUUCAAGCUGGAUGUCCCUCAGGCAAAGGGGGUCGUGGGUAAAGAGGAAGCCCUGCGCAUGGAAGAAGAGGCCUUGGCAAAAUUGAGAAGGGACAAGAGACACACUUUUUCAACUUCACCAUCCUCAUCUCCCUCUGGGGCGUCUUUAUCCUCUUCAAAACCAAAACCAUCUAAAUCUACCACUACUGCUCCUCAACCUGCUCCCUCAGCUAACAGAUCAGACAAGGACCUCAUUGUCUUCCCAGAGACCAAGAAACAGGCAGAGCAGGACAAGUUCAGGGAUAUUGAUGUGGACAAGCUCACCAAUGAAGAACUUGAAAGGCUCCUACUUGAUGAAAACUUUGGGGCCGACAGCAAAGUGUCCCGCCCCUCGUCUCUGCUGGGGUUCAACCUGAGCGCCUCGUACCCUGGAGGCCAUGCCUGUAGCUCCUCUCCUUUCCAGAGCAGCCAGUGGUCGUCAGUUCUGUCCACCCCGUCUAGUUCCAGUGUCUCCACUCCAACCCAUCAGCCGGCCCCCAUGUUUCCCUCUGCUCCAUUUCCCAAACCAGGCACAUUUCAGAAUGGUUUCACUCCAGCCAUAUCGCCAUUCAUGACCCUGCCGGCGCAGCAGUCGCCGUUCAUGCCGUUCACCCCCAUCCAGCCUGCUGCCGCCAUGGUCUUCCCGCAGCCAACUGUCGACCCGCAGAUGGCCAAACUGUUUGACAAGAUUGCCAGCACCUCAGAAUACUUGAAGAAUGGCAGAUCGGCCAGCACUGACUUGGAUUCCUCUCAAGCAAAUCCAGCCACAGCCUCUCUGGCACCCAACCCACCGCCGCAACAACCAGAAGUAACGGAGUCUUCUCGCAUCAGCUGCUUUGAGUGGCUGGAUCUGGACCCGCUUACAAAGCGUAAAACUGAGAACGAGGAAGCAGCCCUGGCAGCGGGAGGUACUGCGCAGGCACAAGCAGGAGCUCCUGCAGGUGAUCCCUGGGACGCUGUGCUCGAGACCGAAGGGAACAGCAGCAGUAGUAGUCGCACCCCCCCACUGGAGGGGAAGGAUUCUCCGUCGGGUCGUCCACAGGCCAGGAGGCCAUCAUCGGGAGCGGCCGUCACUAGGAGUCACUCCCUCAACAUCCCAGGGCACAAGCCAAACAAUCAGGACAAGGGAAAAGGAAAAGGUUUGGUGAAGAAUGUCGCUCUGGAGGAACAGGAUGCUCAGAACCUGGAGAUUGUUGCCUUCUGUGAAGACGUAGCAGCUCUGCGUUCCAAAUUCCCUCACAGCGACAUUGCAACCAACCCUGGCUUCGUCCUCAGCCCCGUCAUCACCCAGAGAGACAGUGGAGGUGACAAUAGCUGCUCAGUCAAGGUUUCCAUCGAGAUCCCUGAAUCUCAGCAGCCUGUGACCUUCACCUGUGACGUGAGUUCUCCAGUGGAGCUGCUGAUCAGUCAGACUCUCUGCUGGGUCCACGAUGACUUGGACCAGGUGGACUUCUCCAGCUACCUGCUCAAAGUCUGUGGCCAGGAGGAGGUGUUGCAGAAUAAACACAGCCUGGGCAGCCAUGAGUACGUUCAGAGCUGCAGGAAGUGGGAGAAUGAGAUCAUGUUGCAACUGCUCUCUCACUCAACUAUGAGACGGGACCUGGCACGCAGUGCGGGUGAUGACAAGUCUCCAGUAGACUUGGAGAAGUACCUGGCGCAGGUGGAGAGGCCUUUUAAGGAGAAUGUCACCAGACAAUGCCUGGCUGACUAUUUAGAAGGGUAUCACAAUCAAGUCAACAUCUGCCUACAAAAUGAGAGUACGCAGUACAAGACAGUGGACCGGGUGGUGCAGACUGUGAAGAACCUGUGCUGUGCUCUAGAUGAGGUGGAGACCCAGACCAUCACAGAGGCUGUCAAAAGGCUUCGACAUUCUGUCAAUUUACCCAGGACACGCUCACCCAAGCCGGGCUCAACAUCAUCUGGUCAGUCAUCUAAUGGUCAAACCAGUCCGGUGGAGGAAAGCAUGGCCUUACUAACGCAGGCAGUCUACGACCUGGCCAAGCUCUACCUGCGCUCCUUCUGUCCUCCGUCAGUCUCCUUCAGUUCCCCUCCUUUGCCCCAGGCUGCCGACGGGGAAGCUGUGGAGGGGAGAAGCAGCAAAGAAGCUUCUGGCACCACAGACCACCUUCAGUUUACUCUGUUCGCCUUGCACGGCAUCCCCGCCAACUGGGUCAGCAGUUUUGAGAAGUACUUCCUCGUGUGUUCCCUCACCCACAAUGGCAAGAACCUGUUCAAACCAGUCCAGUCCAAGAGAGUGGGCACAUACAAAAGCUUCUUCUACCACAUCAAAUGGGACGAACUGAUCAACUUCCCCAUAGCAGUAGCUGUGCUUCCACUGGAGUCCGUGCUGAGCCUGACUUUGUUUGGGGUGCUGAACCAGAACGCCAGCGGCUCCCCAGACUCCAACAAACAGAGGAAAGGUCCAGAGUGUCUGGGCAAAGUCUCCAUGCCGCUUUUUGACUUUAGACGGGUACUUGCCAGGGGCAGCAGGCUGUUGUGUAUGUGGCUAUCUGCGCAGGGAGCUGCUGUUGCUAAUGGCUCUACAGGCAGCCGCAGGAGGGUACCCACAGAGAGGAUCGUACUCCAGGUGGACUUCCCCAGCUCAGCGGUGGAUGUUUUAUACGUUGGACCCAAAGAGGCCCCAAGCCCAGAACCCCACAACCUGGAGGAGCUGGACCCAGACCUCCGACGCAAACUAGAAAAAAUCUGUAGCCGAGCUUCCAAUUUCGGGCUGAAGCGGGCGGAUCACCAGCUCCUGUGGGACCAUCGGCUUCACUGUCGGAAGGACCACCCCAGCAGCCUCCCUAAGGUGUUGGCCAGUGCGCCCAGCUGGGACUGGGCCAGCAUGGCUCACAUCCACUCCCUGCUGCACCACUGGCCCACCCUGCCCCCUGUCACUGCGCUGGAGCUGCUCGACUCAAAGUUUGCCGAUACUGAGGUGAGAAAUGUGGCUGUUAGCUGGAUUGAGAAGAGCAGUGAUGAUGAGCUGGCCGACUACUUGCCACAACUAGUACAGGCAUUAAAGUUUGAGUGUCACCUAAAGAACGCCCUCGUCAUGUUCCUGCUGUCCAGAGCACAAGGAAACAUCAACAUUGCCCACUACCUCUACUGGCUGCUGAAAGACGCUGUGCAGGACCCUGGCUGGGGACGGCGCUAUGAGCGGGUGCUGGGUGCCCUGCUGUGUCUGUGCGGAAACAAGCUGAGGGCGGAGCUGGACAAACAGACUAGCCUGGUCACCCUGCUGGGAGCUGUGGCGGAGAGAGUCAGACAAGCCGGGGGAUCCACACGACAGAUUGCACUCCAAGAGGGUCUUGAAAACGUUCAGAACUUCUUCCAGAAGAACAGCUGCCGACUGCCCCUCAGCCCCAGUCUGGUGGCCAAAGAGCUAAACAUCAAGGCCUGUUCCUUCUUCAACUCCAACGCAGUUCCCCUCAAGUUGGCUCUGGUCAAUGCCGACCCCCUGGGAGAGGAAAUCAAUGUUAUGUUCAAGGUGGGAGAAGACCUGAGGCAGGACAUGCUGGCUCUUCAGAUGAUUCGCAUUAUGGACCGCAUUUGGCUGCAGGAGGGUCUGGACCUCCGCAUUGUCAACUUCAAAUGCAUCUCCACUGGCAAAGACAAAGGUAUGGUGGAGCUCGUGCCGUCCUCCGACACCCUGAGAAAGAUCCAGGUGGAGUAUGGAGUCACCGGAUCCUUCAAGGAUAAACCGCUGGCAGAAUGGCUGCGCAAGUACAACCCUGCAGAGGACGAGUAUGAGAAGGCAUCAGAGAACUUCAUCUACUCUUGUGCUGGAUGCUGUGUUGCGACCUACGUUCUUGGCAUCUGUGAUCGCCACAAUGACAACAUCAUGCUGCGCUCCACUGGUCACAUGUUUCACAUCGACUUCGGCAAGUUCUUGGGCCAUGCCCAGAUGUUUGGCAGCUUCAAAAGAGACCGUGCUCCGUUUGUUCUGACCUCCGACAUGGCGUACGUCAUCAAUGGAGGCGAGCGUCCCACCAGCCGCUUCCAGCUGUUUGUAGACCUGUGUUGCCAGGCUUACAACCUCAUCCGCAAGCACUCCGGACUCUUCCUCAAUCUACUGUCACUGAUGACGUCCUCCGGCCUCCCAGAGCUGACCGGCUCUCAGGAUCUGAAGUAUGUGUUUGACGCCCUGCAGCCCCACAACACAGAUGCUGAGGCCACCAUCUUCUUCACCAGGCUGAUAGAGACCAGUCUGGGAAGCGUGGCCACCAAGUUCAACUUCUUCAUCCACAACCUCGCCCAGCUCCGAUUCUCUGGUCUUCCGGCCAAUGACGAGCCAAUCCUGUCUUUCUCCCCAAAAACGUACACUCUGAAACAGGAGGGACGCAUCCACCACGCGUCCAUCUUCUCCUUCCAGAAGAGAUACAACCCUGAUAAGCACUAUACCUACGUGGUGAGGAUCUUAAGGGAAGGUCAGAGUGAGCCACAGUUUGUCUUCCGCACUUUUGAUGAGUUUCAGGAGCUCCACAAUAAACUGACCAUCCUCUUCCCUCUCUGGAAGCUCCCGAGUUUCCCCAACAAAAUGGUGCUUGGUCGCACCCACAUUAAAGAAGUGGCAGCCAAGAGGAAGCUGGAGCUUAACAACUAUGUCCACAACCUGAUGAGGAGCUCCACAGAGGUGACCCAGUGUGACCUGAUCUACACCUUCUUUCAUCCUAUUGCACGAGAUGACAAAACAGAAGGUUUAGAUGCCACGCCCAAAGCACCUGAGCCUCCACUGAGCCCCACUUCUGGUCGCGUGGAAGGAGAAGUGAAGCUCUCCAUCUCCUACAGGAACAGCACUCUCUUCAUCAUGGUCAUGCACAUUAGAGACUUGGUUUCUGAGGACGGAACGGAUCCCAACCCGUAUGUGAAAACCUACCUGCUUCCAGAUCCACACAAGACUUCCAAACGCAAGACGAAGAUCUCAAGGAAAACCAGGAACCCUACUUUCAACGAGAUGCUGGUGUACAGCGGCUACAGCAAAGAAACCCUUGGUCUGCGGGAGCUGCAACUGAGUGUGCUUAGUGCUGAGUCGCUGCGUGAGAACUACUUCCUGGGCGGCAUCACGCUCAGACUCAAAGACUUUGACCUCAGCAAGGAGACGGUCAAGUGGUACAAGCUUACGGCCGUUCCCUACUUCUAGCCCCCACGAACCUGCCCACAAGCCGGAAUGACUCUGCCUCUCCACUCCAGACAACAGCUGCACUCAAAAGAAAAGAAAAGAAAAAAAAAUGGGAAAUGCGGCAGAUGCGACCUUACUUGAAAAUACUGGUCACCUCAACUUUCAAUUCAUAAGAACACUACUCUAAAACUUUUUGUGGGGAGAUUUAUGACAUUAUCAUAUUUGAAGUAUGAGCAGCAAUAUUUUUCUUUCAGAUCUGAAAAAACCAAAUUGACCAUUUCUUUCACAUGAAUCGUGUUGUAAUUAAUAUUAGGAUGUCAUAGCAGGAUACGUCUGUGCUUGUUGCUGAAAUACAUGUAUCACAAACUACUUAUGCGCUGACUAGAUUCUGCAGAAAUUCAUCAUGAGGUUGCUCGUAAUGAUCAUGCGUUAAAAACUCCUUCGGACGCGCCCUUAAAGGGUGACCGAGCAGGCCACUUCACAAACCCUCAAAGGGGAGCCUGGUCUCCACUCUAAGAACUUCUCCUUUCUCCCUCUAUAACUAAGGAUUGUUUAUGUGACAAACAAUCUCCUUAUUCUGUGUCUCCUUUUCCUAAACUAUAACAAAGAGCUGUAAUGUUUUGUACAUUUUGAUAUUAGAGGACCAAAACGGCUUACUUUCAGAAGAGUAUAUAUAGACUGACACAUUUAUUUUUUAAGGAACAGAAAGGGGGCUCAUUUUUACAUUUUUCUUGUUUAUUUUCUAUAUAGGCGAAUAGGAGGCGUCAGGGUUUCCUGCUUUGCAGCACGCACUUCUGUGUAGCGUAGUCCAGAUUCUCUAGUUUCCAGGAAAUCAACAGCGACCUUACGAUUCCCCACAAUUGUGCCAACGUUAAUGUAAAGGACGGCAAAUCAAACCACUCUCCCGAGUAGGGAGCUGAUCAGGGUGCCUUUGUUUGUGCUCACAAUCUCUUUUUAAUGCUCAACUUGGCCUUAUUGCUAUAUAAAUAUUUUAUUAACAAUGUGAUAUGUCCUUAUUAAACAAAAAAUCUAUAUUCUAUAAAGCUAUAUCAGUAGUUCUUCCAGAGCAGGUCUGGCGCUCGGACCAGAAUCCUAAACAGUGGAAAGCCACUAAAUGCACACUACUCAGUCUUUCUUUUAUUGUAUUACUUGACUAUUUUCACACAGUACAAAGGGGAAUUUGUAUUAUAAGCUUUGGAACGCGCUCUGUGUGGUUGCCCAACAAUGCUGAUCACAAGUCAGUUGAUUGCUUCCUUCGCGUGGUUCAAAACCACAGUUCAGGAACCGAGUUCUGUCUGGAGACUGUUUCAGCUCAGGCGGCGGUGUCAGGCUCAUGCCCGGUGCCUAAUGGUGUUGUAAUAACACCGUGAUAAAUAACUUGGCAUAAGGUUAAAAAGAACAUCCACUGAAGUCCAGAGCCAGUCAGGUUUGAUGACAUUUAAUUGUCCUGAAUGUUGAGAUAAGUAAUGAAAGGGCAACUUUAAAACAUCUUCGGCAAAAGGGAAUGAGAUCCUGAGAAAGAGAUUAGCUGCUUUCCUCUCACCUCGCUAACUAUAAAUCUAAAGUUGUUGUUAAUGUUUAAUAAAGAAAUUAAGAUGAAUUUAUCUGAGAUGAUUUUUAAAGCUCGACAAGACAGUUAUGAUUUCACACUAUAUACUAUAUAGUGGCUUGAUCCGCUCUUUUAGUAACUGUACAAAGAAAGCAAGCAGAGUUUGUAUUAACAUGGCCAGUUAUUUAUUCUUAAUUGGUGACCUCUAGCCCGAAUGGAUCAGUGUGUACUGUAACCCCUCCUUUCUCAAGCUAAUUAAAUUGUUUUGGAACAAA